UGAUUGGCCCCGGUUUGAGAAGAGUAGGCUAUGCCAGUACGGUGGUGCGCAUGCAUCAGCAAAUUUUCGUUGCGUCUGGGAACAUGGCGCGUGUAACUUACCAGCAAAUCGUCGGUAAUUCUUUGAUAACAACGAUGACAUAGACUUUGGUAGGAGUGACAGAUAGGAGCGGGAGUUAGAAAUUACUGUUGUGUCUAAUGUGAUAGUGUCAAUACGCAAUUUUGGUAAUAUGCAAAAAGUUUCGAGAUUAAAACGAGAGCUUGAAUUGAUGGUGAAGAGUCCACCAUCCGGUAUUUCAUGUACACUUAAGGAUGAUAACUUUAAUGUGCUUGACGCAAGCAUUGUUGGUUUGGAAGGAACAGCUUAUGAGGCGGGAGUUUUUAAAUUAGAAAUUCAAAUACCAGAAAAAUAUCCAUUUGAACCACCCCAAGUGAAGUUCCUAACACCCAUUUAUCAUCCAAAUAUUGAUUCUGGUGGUCGAAUAUGUCUGGACCUGUUGAAAGUUGGGAAAUGGAAAGCUACCAUUACAUUAUCAUACCUUCUGAUGAGCAUACGACUUCUAUUGGCUGAGCCAAAUCCUAGUGACCCUCUUGUGGCAGAAAUUGCUGAAGAAUUUUUAUUCAACAGACCAUUGUUUGAUAAGACAGCAAGAGAAUGGACCAAACGACAUGCCUGCUUGAACUUGGAAAUGCCUUCAGAGAAUGCAGAAGUGAGUCAUUCAUGUGGUGUGCGGAAUGAAUCAACGAAAAGAAAAUCUUGGCAAAUGGAAGAUCUUACACAGGAGCCUAAUGCAUCAAAAUGUUUGAAAACCGAUUGAGUGUGUGUGUGUGUGUGUGAGAGAGAGAGAGAGAGAGAGAGAGAGAGAGAGAGAGAGAGAGAGAGAGAAUGGAUAUACUUCAUAACAGAAAAAUAUUGUUGUAAAUUGUGUUUUGUUUUUUUUUUUUUUAAUUCUUGAUUCCUGCCUUCAUAGUGCAGGAUAUAGUCUUGCAUAGAUUUGCGUAAUUUUCAUUAGUUGUGCUCAUGCAGUGUGGAACAAGUCUUGAACAAUAGUAAAUCAAGAGGCUGUAAAUACAUUUCAUGACAGUUACUAUUGUGAAAAGGUCUUUCUCAUUGAAAAUUUCUCGAUUUCAAAUCACAUAGCAACAAAUAAAAUAUUACUAUUUACUGUUGCAGUGCCAUUUCAUUGCCAUUGUGUUUUCACGUCAGAAUCCUUUUAUUGAACUGUACAUGAGGGCUAUUUGGAAAGUAAGUUCCGUUAAUGUAUAUCAAAAGAAACACCAGUACAUCAAGAAGUUUUUUUGUUAUAAACAAUUAUAAUAGCUACAGCUAUUUUUAUACUAAUUGACUUCUACAUUAAGGCUCUUGUUAUACUGAGGAAAAAGUUUUUUAGUUCCCUUGUUGUAGAAUUCUGCUGCCUGUGAGCUAAUAAAUCAGCACUGUACACAUGAUCAAACAAUUCCCAGUUGAAAUGUUAAGCGACAUUUGUGCUCAUGCAGCAGUAUCUGGCCUAGCUUUAUCAUACAAAAAUAAGAUGACAGAGCUCAACAUCCCACCUAAGAUGACAGAGCUCAACAUCCCACCCCCUUCAUUUUUGCAUGGCUCUUCUGACCAUUUUAGUGUUUCACUGUAAAUUUUGAGUUAUGGUGGUCCUCUUUCCAUAAAAUCAACAAAAACUACUUCCUUUGUGUUCCAAAAAUAGUUGUCCUCAGUGCUUGUGCGAAAAAUGUUUGGCGUCUCUUUAAAGGUGUGCAUGAUGAGCUAGUAUGUCCUCAGUCCAUUGAUUUUUUUCCCACAAUCUUGACAAAUGCAAUCCAUUUUUCAUUCCCUGCUGUAGUGUGACUGAGGAAUUUGUCUCCUCCUGCAUCAUACCAUAUCAGAAACGUUAAUGCGACAGCAAACCUCUUCGUGAUGAUAUCAGUUGCCCAUCAUGCUCAACAGUCAGUCACAAGUUUGUACAACAUUGUCCGUGAUACCUGAGGGAGAUUGAUUGAUAAUUGUGUAAUCAUGAACUGAUUGUGUACUGAGUGCUGAAACAAUUCCAUUUGUCACAAUGGAUAUUCAUCCAUUUUUGUUCAACCUACCCGAAACAAAUGACACCACUUUCUUACAGCACUCUUACUUGUAAUGUUCUCUCUGUAUAAUGCACAAAGUUCACUACAGAUGUGUAGAAUUUUCAUUGUUUUUAUACUCAGAAAAAGGAUUACAUAAUUUAAUUCACAGGUGACAGUAUAUUUUAUGAUAGUGACCUGUUUAAUAUACACUUACAGUGCAAACAACAGUUCAAUAAUCUUUCCUUAGCACUGUCAGAUUUGCACUGAGUUGGGCAACACAGCUGUGCUGAAAUAACUCUGCAAUGCCCCUCCAUUAUGUACGAGACAGCAUUGGAACUAACUUUCUGAAUAGCCCUCAUUAGAAAUAGAAAGCUUCCAGCCCUGAGAUUGGAGGUAUAAUUUUGAAAACGUAGUCUUAAUGCAUCAUUUAUGUUGUAGGAAUAUUAAGACUUCUGCCAUUGACAUAACUGUACUGUUUGUUGGUGACUGAAGUUUUCUGUGUUUUGCAUAAAUCACUCCAGAUCUAUUGGCAUGAGUUGUUAGACAAGCUCAUGUACAUAUCUUUUUCUGAUUCUUUCAGAUUUUCUUCUGGGUUUUGUUAACACUAACUACCACUAGCGGUGAAACAAAAUUACAAAAAAUAAGUAAUUUAGAAAUGUCAUAAAGGGAUAUUGCACAUAUUUUGUACUCUUUCUUCAGUAUCAAUUAUAAAAGUUGUGCUAAUAAUGUUUUUACAAAGAAAUAAUUUUUGCUAUCUAUAAUAUUACUAACAUUUUUUUCUUUUUUUUCUGAAAGUUUGUCUAAUUUGAAGAAAUUAUCCAUGAAAGGCAGGUGUCCAGAUUUACGCUUUAGUCCAGUGUACAGUUAUUUGGCACAGUGAAUGUUUUGGUAGAAUUGAGAUAUUUCAGUAAAAAUAAAUCUACAUUCUCUCUGCCAUCACCCACUUAGUGCAGAAAAUUGCAAGAUGGAUUUUUAUCCUGGUGGUAAUUGUGUUUAACAUGAUUUUUCUCUGCCUGUUCACAUAUCUACUCAGCUGAACAUUGCAUGUUAAGAUGUAUGUAGCAGCAGAUUUAUUUUAAAAUAGGUUCUAUUUUAGAGAUUACUGUGAUCAUUAUAGUGUAUGCAGUUACACAUUUUGUUAAUGUAUGCCAGUUAGCUUUCAAAAUUUCACUGAACAUUGUUCAAGAAUAAAAUGUAUUUUGGUAAUUCUGGAACUUGUUGUUUAAAACUGGCUUUGAUUAUUGUAUUAGAUGAACAAAUAAUUGAACAAGCAAGUGUGUUUAAAUAUCUGUGGCGCAAUUUUAAAUGUCCCAUGUUAGGUGAUAUAGUGCUAAAAUUGGCCAGAUUCAUGCAUUUCUCAAUGUUCAUCAAAACUCAACACACAGAAAGAAGGAAGUAGUAAUUAAACUUUACAAAAUAGUGGCCUUUCCUUUUCUGUUGUAUGGUAGAAAAUGCCGAACCCCAACAUCUGGUCAAUUACAAUCAGUCGAAUCAUCAGAAAUGAAGUUUCUCUACUUUGUAGCUGGAUAUUCAUUUCUGAAUCAUUAAAAAAACUCCAAUAUUAGACAGAAACUAAAUAGAUGUUGAACCCAUUACAUCUGUAACUGAAAACACAGAUUGAACUGGAAAGACCAUUUGCAAUGUAUGUCUAAUAAUAGGAUAACUAUAGCUGCAACAUUGUACAACCCAAAAGGAAAGAGAAAUAUUGGACAUCCCUUAGACAUUUGAUGUGAACAGGUCUGAGGCAGAACAGGUCAAAAGGCAUAAUCCUUGAAAAUGAUUAUCCACAUUUCUGUGUUUCUGUAAAAUUCUUUUAUUAAUUGUGAUUGCCUGUGAAACUGAAGACCACUUCUGAAGUUUCAGUGCUUUGGUGAUAAUCUGUUUUCAAUAAAUAUAAGGCUAACUCUACGUGAAUGGAAAAAUUCAGGGUGAAAUAAAUAUGUAACUGAA